UUUGAUCAGUUUCCUUUAUUUUUGUUCGUUUCCGACUUGCCUAACCCCGUUUUUCGCUCUCUUUAACCUAACUGCUUUUUCUCUGAACAAAAAGGUCCUCCAAAACCUUUCUAGCGUUUUUCAUAUUCUUAAAAUUAUUGACAACAAGUAAUUUCUUUAUCCUGUUAGAAGUUCAGGGCCUGAAGUUAUACGCUCCGGUCCGUUCUUAUGAAGAAAUAUCCCCUCCGAUUUCAUUAGUGCCACCCUGAGGACAUCCCAGGGAUAUUAGCUCCUCUCUACCAUCGUCGCCUCUACCAAAAAUACUCUUUCGUGAUAGAUUUUAAAAUGCUCAGCUCUCGACUAAGCAUCACCGAACACUUCAUAAGAACUGUCUGGUCAAACUGCCCAGGCAGUAAUAUAGCACAAGCCCCGUGCAAUUAGCACCUUCACAAACUCUGACGAAGGUGAAUACGCCCUCGGAAUGAAACUGAGAAAUUUCAAUUUGGUCGUAGAGUGGUGUCAAAUGGACCGUAAGCGUUUUCUUUUUUUUACAUUUCUUGCUGUAUCUGAACAAGGCAUGCACGCUUGAGUUGUUUUCUUAUCCCAUCUGCACUUUCCGAUUUUUUUUUUUGGCAUUUUCAUUCUCUUGUCGUAACAGGUGGCAGAAUGAAGCAUUCACUUCUCAAACUGGUACCGGCUCGAUUCCGUAAUCAAUUGAACGAGCUCUCUGAUCUCUGAAGAUCAGAGAAGAAUAUUUACAUCAAAAAGUCACGGGCUCAGCGAAUGAAAGUUUCCUUCUUCUACGCGCAAAACAUCUGACUUAAAAGCUGUUAACAUGACUACGAAAUAACAACUUUUCUGUUUUACACCGGUAAACGCUUUCAGGAAGAAAUGGAAGGAGGAAAUUUACUCAGAGCUGGUGUUACCGCGUUCCUUGGACACAACGGUCUGAAGGUUUUCGUUCUAAACGUGAUUUUCUUCGUUUUAGUUUCAUGUGCUAGUUUACCCGUAGAAGAUCCCCCCGUUAGAAGCGGCCCGCCAUCGCAAGUGAAUCCCCGUAGUUCGAAUGAAACCAAGCUAAACACACCGACCUGCCAAUCAGAGAGUUGUAAAGCUAUUUCGAAGUUAAUACAACAAGUUCGCAACGAGACAGUGGACCCUUGUGAUAAUUUUUAUGAGUAUGCUUGUGGUCAGUGGAUAAAAAAUAACCCUGUGCCCAAAGGCCACUUACAAUUUUCUAGGAUAACACAGUUAUCGAAAAACAACGAGCGCAUUAUGAAGGAAUCUUUGGCAGCGGAUCGACCCGACGAUACCGAAACUCUAAUGAAAGUAAAGAACUUUUACCGCUCGUGUUUGAACGUGGAACAGAUCGACCAGCUGGGAAACGAGCCAUUGUUGAAUUACAUUGAUAGUUUGGGUUCUUGGUCCUUAAACCGGGACUGGAGUCCUAAGCAAUGGGACUUCUACAGAGUUUUAGCCGAUGUACAGAAGAAUUACCCGGUGGAGGUUUUCUUCAGUGUGAACGUGAUUCAAGAUCCCGUCAAGAAGAUUGGGAGCACUGAACGAAAAUAUGUCAUUCUUAUCGAUCAAGCAACAUUAAACCUUCCUCAAAUCAUUUAUUUCACCAGUAAAAAGAUUCUAAAGGAAGUAUGGAAAUAUAUGUCGAUUAUUACAAGUCUCGCAGGAGUCGGCCGUAGAGAGGCUAAACGAGCGAUGAAAGAUUUACUUCUUUUUGAGGGUAACCUUGCUUUGUACUGGGUUCCGAAAGUGUCCAAGAAGUAUGUACGUAUUCCCAUUGGCAAGCUAGCGGAUGCUCUCCCAGAGUUUCCGUGGCUUGAACAUUUACAGAGGGUACUUUCGAAUCCAGACCUUUCAAGGAACGACACGGUCGUAGUACUAGCUAAUGAUUAUUUACAAAAUAUGUUGGAUCUACUGCGCAAGACGGAUAAGAGGGUCUUAUCCACGUACAUGGUGUGGCGCUCUAUUAAAGACUCCGUGCCCCUCCUUUGCGACAAAUUCCGAGCUGUUCAUCAGAAGUUCAAGAAACGACUUCUUGGUUCUAAAACAAACAAGACCAGAGAAGAAGUCUGUUUCAGCUACACCAACAAUAUUCUCGGACCCAUGCUUGGUGCGCUGUUUAUCAGAAAUGCUUUCGGCCCGGAUAGCAAAGAAAAGGUGGAAGUGAUGAUGGAAGGUAUCAUCCGGGCAUUUAAGGACCGUGUGUCAGGGGUGGGCUGGAUCGACAAGCAGACUGUCGAAGCCGUCAGAGAGAAGGCCGAUGCAGCUGUAUAUAAGGUUGGAUAUCCUGAAUAUUUGUGGAACGAAAAAACAUUUGCCGACAGAUAUCACAUGCUGAACAUCACAGAGAACGAAUGGUUUCAAAACGUCCUGAGUACGGACAGGUUUUCAAACUAUCAAACGUACCACAAGUUUGGCAGACCAGUAGACAGACACCAGUGGAUCACAGUCCCACAACUGGUGAACGCGUUUUACGUCAUAACUAAGAAUGAAAUAGUGGUUCCAGCUGGUAUUCUGCAGCCACCAUUCUUUUAUGCCAACGACAUACCAAGGUCUUUGAGUUAUGGCGCCAUUGGUCACGUGCUCGGUCACGAGCUUACGCAUGGCUUUGAUACGACAGGGAGAAAAUUUGAUAAGAACGGUGAGCUGAUUGAGAAACGAACUCGCUGGAGCGAGCCUGCCAUCAAGAUGUUUCAAGAGAAAGCAAAAUGUUUGGUGGAGCAAUUUUCAAAAUAUAAAGUCCUCAAUAAAUUUCACAUAAGUGGUGAGAAAACCCUUGGGGAGAACAUUGCUGACUUAGGAGGAGUCAAUCUGGCUUACCACGCCUACAACGCGUUUAUUGAGAAGAAUGGUCCCGAGCAAGUCUUACCAGAGCUCAACAUGACAAGCAAAGAGUUGUUCUUUAUCGGAUACGCUCAGAAAGAAUGUACGCGGACCACCCCUGCUGCCGAAUUCUUGUCAGUCACAGAGGAUGUCCACGCCCUUACCAAGUACAGGGUGAUAGGCACCUUGUCAAACUUUCAAGAGUUUUCCGAUGUGUUCAAAUGCAAAGAAGGAUCAUACAUGAACCCAAAGAAGAAAUGCGAAGUUUGGUAAACACAACUAAGCUUCGUAAAGAACAUGUGGACCUGCGGUCUAAUAAUCAAUGAACUUAUUUAUUUUUCUAUGAGCGUAUUGAUAUUCUUGUUUGUUUUAUUUGUAACAGUGAUCAACUGUUACUUUCUCCAUAUUUUAGUUUAUCAUCAAGUGGGCGAGUGAUGAGAAUCAAGCAAUCAUCAAAUACGAACAUAUCGCAAUUAGUUGCUUUCAUUUCGCCUCAUAAAGACACUUUAAGAAUAGAUUAUUUCCGUGGGCUCGAAGGAAGGCCUUUCUUGACCAGCAAUAUGCAAUUAGAAUUUCCUCAAGAUAAGAAAUUUAGUAACUUCCAUGACAAGAGCCACUGUAGCUAGAAAGAACUUAUAACACCGCUCGCCAACAGCCUUGUUUUGUUUGUUUGUUUGUUUAGUAUUCCGAAAACACAAUGUAAGGAAUAAAAUAUGGCGCCUUGGGUCAGAAAAGUGUUGUAUUUGAGGGCAGCUCAGUAUUUUCGUUCGGCUGACAAUAAUAAAACUACCGUACAAAUAACAACCAAUAUUUAAGCAAAAAGCCCUGGGAACGAGUUCGAAGAAAUGGAGGAACAUUAUUACACAGACACUUACAUUUUCACGGGUCAUAAUAUCUUUCACAGCAUCAGGCACCUUGUUCUUUACACUUGUAGGUUUUGUUGCUUUUUAAAGGCUAGUUAACGUUUGCAGAAUUUUGGCAAAUGAAAACAUAUAGCAAGUUAAGUUUAGCUAACUUUACAGAGAGUGAAAUAACGUUGUGACUGAAAUUAAAAGAAAAUAAAGUAAAAAUCGUAAAGCAAAUCUUGCCAUCAUCCGUUUCUCAUUGGAUAGUUUCCCUUUGUCGUUUAGAUGUUAUUAUUAUCAUUGAUGGGACUUUGGUGUAUUACGUUAUCUUGCUUCCCUCUAUUGUAUCCAUGGGAGAAGCAAGUGUAAUCUAGAUCGACGGGUCCUGGCGGGGAUCAAUAAUUUGUAUUUUGUCCUUCGAAUUCACGAGCAAGACACUUGUUAAAUUCUCCACUGAUCCAAGUGAAUAAUGACACUUGAGCGGAGAUGUUAAUGCUUGUCUUGGAGCUAGAAGAAAUACUCCUAGUCUUUUUAUGCUGCGGGACCCCGCUCGCAUUAUAUUUCCUGGCUGGC